CUCACGACCCAGAUUUCUUCACAUAUAUGUCCAUGUGUCUGUCUGAAAUUUUAAGUGACAUUGGUUUAAACGAGGAAAUGGUACUAAAAAGAAGACGGGCAUGGCUUCAAAGGGAAUCUUUAGCAACUUUGGCACACAGAUUAAAAGGAAUACAGCAAACUAUUUACAUGUUUGGUAGUCUGACGGAGGGAACAACAACAUUUGGAAUGCGUUCAGACAACGACAUGUUGAUUUAUUACGACAUUCACAACGUGGUCAGUGGCAUAGAGGAUUGCAAACCAGAAAAGAUCAAUCUCCUGGUUUUCAGCGAAGUUUCAACACCUCCAGGGUACUGUCUUCUUAGUCAAGUUCAACGUGAUACGCCUUUUCACAGACUCAAACAAACACUACUUCCGCACGGACUAUUUCAAAUAUUUUUUAAUUACUUGAAUGCCAUCGAUGAUAAUGAGUAUAAACUGCAUGGACCUGCACUUAGAGUAAAAGGACGUUUUGAUCCUAAUGAUCAAGACUAUGUUUAUGCUUAUCAUUGCCAAGCAUGGCCAAGUUCAGCGAGAACGUGGUUAACAGAGGAGGGUAUAGGAGGAUGGCCGACAAAAGAAAUGAAAUCAUUUGCAGAAACUAAUGGAUGCUUCCUCGUAGGUGUUGGCAGUAAGGGCAGUGAUAUGGAACAGUACGAAUACAGAAUAUCUACUUCUCUAGCGGAAAGGUGUCUAAUGUUCAGUUUGAAUAUAACGCAGAUAAGGUGUUAUGUCUUAAUGAAAAUGAUCAUCAAAACGUUUAUCCAUCCUUGUGGCGAUAGUAUCAUUACAAGCUAUAUGUGUAAAACUGUCCUUUUUCACUGUAUACAACAUACAUAUUCAACUUUAUGGCAGGAAUCCGAAUUGCUCUAUUGUCUAACGCUUUGUUUGUCAGCCUUACAAUAUUGCGUCCUUAUUGGGAACUGUCCACAUUUUAUAAUACGUGAGAACAAUUCGAUGGAAGGACGAUUUACAAAAGAAUUCAGGACAGUGUUCAUAGAACAAAUGCGUCAUAUAAUAUUAGACAAUGGGUUAUCAUUGCGACAUGCCGAGUAUGAUGAAUUAGGUAUACGAUUACAAUGUAAAAUGAAACAUGUAUCCCGAAACAUGGACAGUAUUUAUCACCUGCCGAGAUUAGGGCUUAUAGUUUUGGCAUCCUACUGCGUGACACUGGCAAGAGUAUUCAAGAUUUUCAUCAGAUCAUCAUAUCCGCUACAAUGUAUGAAGAUGUGAGUACUGACCUAAUUAUUAUUAUUAUUAUACCAGAUUUAUAUAGCGCCCUUUUCAUGGUAAACACGUUCAAAGGCGCUUUACAUAUACUGCAGCCACACAGGGCGCGAAAUCAUCCUCUACUAGUACAGACAAAGAGCGAUCUGGCCAGAGGGACAGAAUGAGAUAAAGCCCCCAGAACAGACAGAGAGAACAUUUCAGAUACAAACGUGUCCGGCUAACUUAGCCUAGCUCUUUUCGAAUAGACAGUCUGGUUCUUUAACGUGCCCGGUGUAUAGCACCGAUACACGCGAAGCCGUCUUUCCUGGGAAGAACCAGUACAGGCCUCUAGUUAGG